AUGCUACAAACCGUGAUAGCAGAAGUGGGAGAGAUCCCCACAGGUAGGGGUGAUUCGAAUGUAAAUCAAACGCUCUCUUACAUUAACAUGGAUAUACGCGGCGACAAAGGGAUGGGGGAAUCAGAGACGCCGCCGGGUCCGAGUAAGCCCUUUCUUUUUUUUUCUUCAACCACUACUACCACCAUCACAGCACUGCCCCGUCAUCUCAACCGCACCGCGGGCAAAAAGCAGUUGCUCUUCUCCUCGGUUUCCCGAUCCCUCCUCGCUGCAGUCCAGUCAUCCCAGCGGAUUGCCCCAUUCGCUCUGCAGAAACCGAAACGCGCGCAUUCAUUCUCGUUCGUCUACAUCGACCAAAGUCGGGCAAGGCCCUCUGUCUCUCCGAAACCCCAGCCCUGCAUCGCAUCUCUCGCCGCACCCCGCCCGCUCCACGGUUUGCCACAACAGAUUGGAACGCUCUCGGUUCGCGAAGCGGACCCAUCCAACCUCAACCUCCUCCUCGGCCCUCCCCCGGUCGAAAGUACUCUUUCCUCUGUUUACAACAAGUACUCUACCCCCUCCCUCCCACCCGCACUCUCUCCUCGGCCACGCACCGAAUGCCGGCCUAGCCUGCAUUCACUUUCGCUCUCUUCCGUCUCUCCGUACCUCCAGCCUCUCGCGGCAGUAAUAUUCGCAACCUCAGUUGGCUCGACGAGAACGGGUUCGUACACUCAGCCCUUUCUUACCUCUUUCGACAGAAAGCGAGAGAGCGCAGCUGUGAAGUCGGCACCACUCUCUUCUAAUGACCUCCAUGAACAACAGAAUUGCCAAUUGUUAUCUCAUAUUCGCGGAUUCGAAUGCCGUCGGAUUCAAAGGGAAGAUUCAGAAGAAUUCAGCCGAGAGAUUCGUAUUCAGAAUUCAGGCGGGAGAGUGGUGAAACACCAUGAAAUAAUCAAGUUAUAUCUUGUUUGUGCUAAUCAAAUCAAUCCGUUCUUAUUUUCUGCUUUACUUUUAUGA